AUGAAACUUCGAUCAUUGAAUCCCCUGCUCUUGGCCAACCUCACUGCUGUGCCCUACCCAUCUCACCAGUAUGGAUUCAAGAAUCUCAGUAGGCCGGAGGCUUGUCAGCAGAUUUUGGACAAACUCAAUCUAGCGCAGAAGUACCCAAACUCAAAAGGCAAACUUGAUGUCAUUGACGUCUUCUCAGGCUACGGACUAUUUUCUACUAUGUUAAAUUACGAACUUAAGCCCAGAAACCAUAUCAUUGUGGAUAACACCAAAGACAAUCAGGAUGUUUGGGAGAAGCGCAUCACUCACCUUGAAGCAGAGACGGGUAACGUCGAGAACUUCAGGUAUUUCAAUAUGGAUGGACAUGCAUGGGAAACUUUUAGUACUCUUCUUGACCAAAUGAAAGUAAUCACACCCUCUUUCCAGCCCAGAAGUCAAAUUCAUGAUGAAUUACUCAUUGUGGGGAACAUGACGUCUAACAAGGUGGGGGAGAGCUUGUUUGCUCAAUGGCUCCAGUGCUGCGCUUAUGAAAAUUGGCUCCAAAAGUAUGGCCGCGUAAGAAUGUUGUUAUUAGUUCGUGAGGCUACCACAAUGAAAUUCAUGUCGGGGCCUUCUUUUAUGAAGAGAAACCGGUCCGCACUCAAAAGAGAUGUGUACACGGACACAAAAUUAGUUGCGAUAUCCGAUGCACAGGUUGAUAGCACUGGAGUCGCUGGUGACGCUUUUGACCCCAACGUUUUGGUAAAGGACCAGCCGGUGAUCCUUCCCACAAAUGCCAUUGCACCUUCAGGAGGCGAUCUUUCUUUUGUCGAAGUCCUCCCAAGGCGUGACUUGCAAAAUUUGGAUGUCAACGCCUUGGACUAUCUCACCCAGAUCUUGAUGUACAGAUCGCUUAAUACAGUUGCCGAGGGAUUAUCUGCAAUUGCACCUGGGGCUGCAGAGGACUUGGCUCCAAAGCUACCGCAGGAAAUUCUUAGUAAGUCCGUCCGUCAGCUAACAAGAGAAGAUGUCAUCAAGAUUCACGAUGUGUAUAACAACUGGGCAUUCAAACCAUCGUUUGAAGAGACAUUCAACUUUUUUGCAGAGGACACUCGCAGUUUUUAA